CUUGCAGCCUGUAAAGUGAUUAGAUUCCACUUAAGCCCUUUUCAGUUCUCAUGGCUUCUUGUGCCCAUACCUCCAUAGGUGAUCCAGACAGAAGCAGAACCAAGAUGUAUAAGUUGGUGGUGAUGGGUGCCUGUUGUGUGGGCAAGACUGCACUGACCAUUCAGUUUACUGAGAAUCAUUUUGUGACUGAGUAUGACCCCACCAUCCAAGAUUCCUACCUUAUGCACUCAGUGGUAGAUGAAGAGCCGUGCCAUCUGGACAUCGUGGAUACCACGGGCAAUGAACAGUUUUACCCUCUGAGGAACCAGAACGCACGCUGGGGAGAGGGCUUCCUCUUGGUCUAUGCAGUGAAUGACCCCCACUCUUUUCAGAAUGUGAAUUUCUUUUGGCACUAUCUGCGGAGAGUCAAGGGCACUGACCGUCUACCCGUGGUGUUGGUGGCCAACAAAGUCGACUUGUCCGACAGACUAGUGGACCCCACAUUGGGCCAGGAGGUGGCCAGGAGAUUUGGAGUCCCUUAUGUGGAGACAUCAGCCAAGACUGAACAUGGUGUGGAGCAAGCCUUCCAUGAGCUGGUUCGUGAAAUUCGGAGGCUGCGAGCUGAGGAGGAGCUCAAGAGUCACCCCAAUACUGAGCAGAGGGAGGCCUGUAGGUGCAAGUGUUGCACAAUCCAGUGAGCAGGUACACUCUUACCCUGAUCCUGCCCCCUAAUUCCCCUCUCACCUGGCCUAGAAUACCUCCAAAGCCUCCAGUCACUCCCUAUCUUUCAAGACUUUCAUCUGGACCCUUCCUUCUGCUGCUCUUCACUGCCAAGCCCUUUUGGGCAUUUUCAGGAUUUCUCCAGGAGCCUCUUGGAGGGACCUGUCUGCAUUUCUCUGUAAAGAGAGUUGUGUUGGAUUUUUGCUUUUGUUUCCCCUUUUGAGCAGGAAUGACUACCUCACUACCUGGGUAUCUCAAUAGGCAAGAAAAGACUCCAUUCCUUCCCCGGUGCUCAGCCUCCCCUGGCCAGAUGCCCCAGAGACAGCCAGCUCCUGGGAGGCUUUCUGUCUAGUCUGGCCCUAAUCUGCUGCAGCUUCCUCAGCCUUCCUGGAGCUGUGUGUGGGAUUUUCUUUAUUGGGCUUUCCCCUGCUCCCCCAACUGGGACUCUGCCUCUGGAGACAAGGGCACAAGUGAUUCUCCCUCAUGAUUCUCCCUCCUGCUCCUGGACUUGGUGUAUCUGCUGUCUGGAGCCAGGACACCACCUGUUGUUGGCCCAGAAGACCUUGUUUGUGGUGUUGGUGAGAAGCCCUGCUCCGAACUGGUCCCCAUUCAGUGACCCUCAAGGUCAGACUUGGGGGAUAUGUGGUUUUUUUUUUUUUUUUGGUUACUCACAUGGAUUGUGUGUACUUGUUCUCAAUUUGCAUAUCAUCUGGAGCACUCUUUUUUUUUUUUUUGUUUGUUUUCUUGUUUUUUUUUUCCCCUUUCUUUCUUUUUUUGCUGAGGCAAUUGGGGUUAAGUGGCUUGCCCAGGAUGUCUCAUACAAGAUUUGACAUUGGUCUUCCUGCAUUGGGGGCUGGUGCUCUAGCUGCUGUGCCAUCUACUUGCCUCUGGAGCACUUUCAAUAGCAGUGAGGGGUUUGGGUGGAAUGGGGCUGCCUCCUACCAGCAUAAUGCCUUUAGGCUUAAGUGCCAUUAAAAUUAUAAUUUCUGUUUUAGCAGCCAGAUAAAACCCUUUAGACGUUGCAAGUUGCAUUACUUUAAUUGUCUCCCAGAGAAAUGGAGUGGAGGGGCUUGGCUGUAAAUGUUCUGAGCCAAUACCUCACAGCUUUAGAUCAGGUGAGAGUCUGCUUAGGAGCCUUCUGACAGGGAUAUCUUUGUACCUCAGGAUUUAUGGUGAAAAGGGCAGUGGGUGAUUCUCCUGUUUCAGUUAAAAUCAUUAAGGAUUUUAAAGUUAACUGUUUGGGGGAGGGAUUGAGUAGGAAGAGGAAUUCAUUUUAAAGAGACUUCCUUCACACUUGGAUUCAAAGUCUUUUGUUUUUCUUUUUCUGGGAUUUCUUACAAAUAAAAGUGUGUUUUUGGUAGUUUCUCAUCGGUUGAUAUGCUUAGGGUAGGAAUCACAUGAAGGCAAUAUAGCCUAGUGGAGGGAGAGUUGGGUUUAGGAGUGAGGAAGGCAUGGGUGUUUUAGCUGUGGAACCUUAGACUUCGGCUUUCUCACCAGUAAGAUGUGGUGGAGAAGGGGAGGGUUGGUCUAGACUCUUAGGUCCCUCGUAACUCUACCAUUAGAGAGAGUCUUAAGUCUAGGAACCUCAGUUCAAUUAGAUGACAGUGAUCCCUAGAUCA